CUCAAAUGGAAUGUUGAAAUUGGUGAAAAGGACGAGAAAAGCUCUGUGACAUCGAAAAUAAUGUGUUGAAAUUGCAUAAUACUGUGUUCAGGAGUCAUAAUUGGAGGACAAAAAGUGAAAAUAAUAUAGUUCAAAAAUUUUACAAAAACUGAUAUGAUGGAAAAAGUAUUAAAUUUCCUUGUCAUUUGCUGCUUCUGCUCUGCAAUACUUUCGUCCGUGGGCGCAACAGAAACAGCCACAGAAAAUGUGGAGAGAAUGGAUGGGGAUGUGGUCGGACAUGAGGAGGGCAUGGACGAAGGCACUUUCAGCAGAUACAGCAAUGUGGCCACCACUCCAAAAAUUCAGACUACAGAACUCAAUGGGCGACUUUCCAGGUACGAGCAGGGCCUGGAAGACUACGAUGAGGCAGCAGCUAGGCUGGAUAAUGAGGAGAAAGCUGAGAAAAGAAGAGAUGCUGGAGGUGGAAAUUCACCCUAUACCUGGCGUGGUGGCAAUAAUUCAUGGGAGCGUACAGUAAAUUUUAUUGGUGAUGUCGUAUCACUGGUUCGAUCUCUCAAAUCCUAUCAGGACACAUCCAAUGAAGCCACAGCUCAAGCAUCGUUGGAAUUAGCUAGGAAUUCCUCAACAAAUAGCACAGAGUCUCUAAUUGGAUCCCAACUGGAUGACAUUGACGAAACUGCAUCGACCACGGAGGUAGCAGAAGGACGUUACAUCCAUGGUGACCCACUGAAGGGAUAUUACGACUUUGUCAUUACGGAAGGAUCAUACAAAUUUUGGGCCGCCUUUCAGCUGGCGACUGCUGCUCUUAUUAUUUAUUCAACGUUUGCAGCCAUUUACUAUUCAAAGGUUAAUCCGAUUGUUUCCGAUUAUGAUUACGUUGAUUAUCUGGGUGGACGGUCCCUGGCUGGUGGACGUAGUUUUGACGGUGACAAUGCUUCGGAGGAAUCGGAAUCUCCAUCCAGUUGGUUGCCAUCACUCAACAGCAGUUGGGUCAGUACGGCUGUUCAUGGAUUUCAAUUCGUUAUGGAUGCCAUCGAGAAGAUACCACAAUAGUGGCCAAUUCAAAUUGUCGUGAAAACUACACAUUAUCAUGCAUUCAAGAGGAAAUAUGGCAAAGUAUGAGCUUUUCGUGCACAAAGCUCACGAUGAAAAUAAAAGGGUUGGGAAUUUGGGGCAGCAUUUUGUGCAACUUGCAAAAUUUGCUGAAUGCUCCCUUUUGCAACUUGGGGCAUAUUCCCCAACAAGCGUAAAUACUUGAAAGUUCGCCUUGAGAGCUUUCUCUGUAUAUUAUUAUCUCUCUAAUUGACUGAGUUGAAUUUGUUUAAAGUUUAUUUUUGGAAUGUUUCAGGCACAUUCACGCUACAAAACCGUAUUUUUCCUACACCAUAUACCAUAAGUGCAUAUUAAAAUUGUCACACAUCAAAGCUCAUACGAAAAGCUCCUUCACGUGAAAUUUGCACAUUAGACUUUGUCAACGAAGACACAGAGAAAAUUCUCUAGAGGAAAUUUAUGUUGGUCGUGAAUAAAUAUGAGAAAAUUCAUGUGACUAGUGAAAUUAAAUGAUAUUUUAGUAGCAUUAAAAUGUGGAAUGUUAUAUUCUAAAAUGUUGCGAAAUAAGUUUCUUUUAUUAAUUAACCCACCCCAUUCAUUCAACGUAGCUGCGGGAAAAUUUUUUAAGCAACUUUUUUUUUGUGCAACUGCAAGUUUCCAUGGUACACUUAGG